AUUAGUCUAUAAAAGAGAGGGAAGGAAUGAGGUAAAGAAGCAGAAAGCUGGAGAAAGAUGAUUUCAAUGUUGUUUCCGCGGUCGCCUUUGUGCACAGCAGCCAUAGUAUUCUACACAUGUGUGUGCAUUCCCUUGGGGAGGUUGAAGAAGAAUGGUGGAGAUGCGGAUGCGCAUGAUGAUGACGGUUACAACCUAGUGGGAGUGAUGUUUGGGGACAAGGAAAAGGAGGAGGAAAUUUGCUGCCCCAUAUGCCUGGUGGAGUUUGAGGCUGAGGAUGCGGUGACCCAUCUUCCCAGAUGCGCUCAUCUCUUCCAUAUCAAUUGCAUAGAACCUUGGCUUCUCCGUGGCCACCUCACUUGCCCUCUCUGCAGAUCAUUUGUAUUGGCUCCAACUCCUCCUACACAAAAUGUCAAUAAUGCACACUCCUCUUCCACCUUGUAUCUCUCUAUCUUCUUCUUUUUCUGUAUCUUUCUCCAUCUACUUGGAUACUUGUAGCCUAGCUUCCUUGUUAACACACCCAUUCUUUAUUUAACAUGUAUUUUGUCUUAG